AUGAGGAAGCUCAAGUUUCACGAGAAGAAGCUCUUGAAGAAGGUGAACUUUCUAGAAUGGAAGAGGGAGGGUGGACACCGGGAGGCCCUUGUUAUGCAGCGAUAUCACCUCACCGAGCGAGACGAUUACAAGAAGUAUGCUGGCACUUCUCCCUUGGAUAAUUUUCUUCAAUCGAAUAUAUAAACUCUUUCUUUCUUCGGUUCUGUCGUCGGCCGAUGUGGUAACAAUAUUCUGCAGUUUUUUUGUUUUUUUUUUCUUAAGUCUCUUUCCCUUCUAUUAUUGAUGCUCUAGGUAUUCAAGCAUAUGCCGGAUGGUGCAGAAACUAGUCAGUAUUUUGAAGCAGAUGGAUCCAAGAGACCCUUACCGUAUCGAAAUGACGGACAUGCUACUUGAAAAGCUGUGAGUUUUAGCUUCUUCGCGUUGGAGAGUUUUUUAUAAUUUAUGAGUAAAUUCUGUCUUCUCGUAUUUUGCUUGGCUUUCCUGCCAUUGGUCUUGUACGAAACGAAUGUUUUCCUCUCAUUCUUCUAUGACACAUAGUCUAGCGUGUAAUGAAUGUAUUUCAAGUGUGAAGGGUCUGUGAAAAACUCUUUAUCGCUGGAGAUAGCCGUCUCUCUGCUAAUAAUGUUAUUUCCAUCAAGUUAUGAUCAUGUCAACUGGGUGUAGUUCAUAUUUUCACAUUUUCAGGUCCUAAUUGACGCCCGCAUUUAUUAAGUUCGAAAGCAAUGAUUUCUUCGUUUCCUGCCUCUUUGCUCGCUAUCUUUUUACUAUUCGUUGGAUUUUUUUGGUGACUUACUUCCAUCCGAUGACUAUGGAUUCAGGGGCAAUUGGGUUUAAAUGAUUUCUAAGCAAAUGUUUUUGGGCAUUAAAAUUCAGAUCUUUACUAGAUAUUGGGCGUUAUUGCAGCUUAUUUUAGAGGCCGAAGACCAUGGUAAACGCGUGUACAGGUUGUUACGCGCGCUCAUUCCAUGUAGAUAAUGAGCCUUGUCUUGGUCACAAACGUUUUUGCCUCUGGAGAAAUUCGAUGAACUGGGCUUACAUAUUUUAUUUUAUAAAGUUACCUUCAUGGAUAAGUAAAGCCCAUAGUAUAAAAUUAUUUUAUUACGGGGUAUACAAUCAAUUUGUAUCAUAGGAUAGCUUAUGACUGCUUAUCUGAUUCAUUAUUUUAUCUGGUUCCCAUUGCCAUAUAAUCUUGUGUCAUAUAAAUGAUUAAUUUACAAUUUUGUGACAUUGAAAUUCAUUCUUUUACUGUAUAUCAUGCUUCUAUGGGCGUGUGUUUUGUCGGACAGUUUAGUGAAAUUUGUUUGCAUGUGAGAAUCAGCACUGGUGCAUCUAAUUCCGAUAAGCACGUUGAUCUUGAUUUUCUUGUAGUAGAUCUGUUUCAAAGGAUGAUUGUGAAUGGGCAAACGAUUUUCAAAUAACCAGAUUCCCGUCAGACACGUUUUUGUCUCAAUUAUUAGAUCUUCCAGUUCUUGAUGAAUUUCUUUUUCUUUUACUGAUGGGAAUGAUAUUUUUUGAUGUUUUGAACCAAGAACUAGUUUUUUAUUUGGUUCUUCUUUUUUUUUUUCUUGACAUCUUUUUUACACGAGAAUAUGGGUGUUCCCAUUAUUGUUAUUAUUGGCUAUUUUGAAUUGUUUCAUUUUAUGCAGUAUGGUUAUUUCCUGAUUCUUACAUUUAUCUGUCUUGAUGUUGAUUCCAGCUACAACAUGGGUGUGAUCCCUACUCGGAAGAGUCUGGCGCUAUGUGAUAAACUAUCAGUUUCGUCGUUUUGCAGGUAUUAAUAAUCAGUCCCUUGUAGUCCUCAUUAUCGUCGGAUGAAUUGAGUUUGCGUGAUAAUUGAAUGAGUUAAUCGUUAUUUUAAUGCAAUAAAGUUUCCUAACUCAUUUAUUUCAAUUUAUAUUCGCCGUGUUUGUUUUAUUUUUAUCUAUUUGAACAAUUGAGGUAAGCAUUUCUUGAACAAGAUGAUAUGGACGUAAAUGUCAUCUGCCUUUCAGGUAAAGAUCCAAUCGGAUGGAUAUUCAUUAUCUCUGAAAAUUUCUGGGGGCCUUAGAGUUAUCUUGUCUUAGCACCAGUUCAAUAGAAUAAAAAUAAUGGAAAUAUACCAUUUCUUUAUUUAUUAGAUCAAUCAAAGUCCGAAUACGUAUUAUCUACCGAAGGAAGAUGUAUACUUUUCCACGUCUCAAACUAUAAUUUUGUCUCCCACUCUCUAGUCACGGUUUCAAAUUUCAAUCUUGUUUGACUAGUAUUCAACCCUAAUUAAAAAGCCAGCAUCAUCAACAAGAAGGAUCUAUGUCUCAAUUAAUAGAUUUAUUUCCCAGUUAGUUUUUUGUUUGUACAGUUACAUGUCAUCUCGCCUUGUUCUUGAGACAGAUGGACUUUUAUGAACAAUUUAAAGGAAAAAUUGUAAAAUCCUUGGUGGAAGGUUCGAGUCUGAGAUUAUGCUUAUAAACCUUACUGAAAUAUAAAAUCAACUUUCGCACGCUGUAUUUUUUUAAAGUAUUAUUCUUAAAUGUAUCUAUAUGUAUAUUGAAUCUGUUAUGAGCAUAAAGAUAGAGAAAAAAAUGAUGUUUCCAGUUACUUUUAUGGAUAGAUUUGUGGAUCUGGUGGUGCAUGCUCACCGGUGUUUUCAAGGCAUCUUUGUGGAUUCAGUCCCAAAAAGUCGGUGGAGGCAUCGCUUUGCCAUGCCAUCUUAUUACCCUAACUUAGUCUAUAGCCAAGGUUUCAUCUUGGUCUAUGGGGUCUCAAACACACCUCUGGCGGUGUUCCCAGUAGAAUCAUAAUUUUAGCCACUAUGGAAGGAAAAGGGGGAAGAGUCUCAACCUCAGAGAAUUAAGAAGCGGAACGGUGGGUUGUUCCUACCUAUGCAACGGCAAAUGCUCAAUCGUUUCAGGCUUGAUUUGUUUUCAAUGUUUAAGAUUUGAGUGACAUGAACUAUUCAUGUAAUAUGGAAAAAAGGUCACUGGUGUGGAUUUAUUUUUUCAAUUUUUUAGCUUCUAAAAUUUUUGUGGCCUGAAUUAUUCGUGUGGUAUGAAGAAAGCAGACCUCGGUUGGUGAUUUAAAUUUUUUAUUAUAUAUAGGAUUUGAAUGGCAUGAACUAUUCAUGUACUAUGGAAAAAAGGAUUCUGGUUAGGAAUUUUAAUGCUUUACAGUAUUUAAGAUUCUUAUGGCAUUACUUAUUCAUGUAAGAUGACAAAUGACACUGUUGAGUAUUUUUUUAUAAAAAAUAGCAUUCAAGAUCUGUGUGGCUUGAAUUAUUGAUCUCGUGCGAAGAAGAAACCACUGUUGUGGAUUGGAGCCUGCUGUAACUGGUCUGGUGUAUAAUGCUGCAGGCGCAGGCUAUCAGUCGUGCUUGUGAGGCAGAAAUUUGCAGAGCAUCUGAAGGAGGCGAUAACCUACGUAGAGCAGGGUCAUGUCCGGGUUGGGCCUGACACCGUGACUGAUCCUGCCUUCCUCGUGACAAGGAACAUGGAGGACUUCAUCACAUGGGUCGAUUCAUCGAAGAUCAAGAGGAAGGUGCUCGAGUACAACGACAGACUUGACGACUACGAUGCGAUGAACUGA